GUGCCUCAUCUAUAAUUCUCUUGUAUCGACCACGAACUAGAUUCAGUUUUUUCAUUCCCUAUUCACGUGGAUAAGGUGGUUACUUUUGUCUUCCUUUCCACGUAGAUAUCUAAACAUUUUGUGUUGUUGCUGAAAUGGUUGGAUUUUUCUUUGUUGUGCUGAUGGCGCACACCGCUUAUGGAGACGUGAGCUAUUCUUUUCCGGAAGAGAUGAAACGCGGAUCUGUGAUUGGAAAUAUAGCAAAGGAUCUCGGGCUCGAUAUGGACAAACUGUCAAGUCGAGAGGCACGAAUUGAUAAUGGAGAUAACCGACAACGAUUCAGUGAUAUUAAUCUAAAUACCGGAGAACUGAUUGUAGAGGAGAGAAUCGACAGAGAGCAGAUUUGUGGAAAGAAAGCUUCAUGUGUUAUUAAACAGGAGCUCGUGCUGGAAAAUCCUUUAGAGCUGCAACGAUUUAUUCUCAAUAUUCAGGACAUAAAUGAUAAUUCACCACAAUUCAAACAAAGUGUGAUCAAAUUCGAAAUAAGGGAGUCUGCAGAAAAAGGAUCUCGUUACUUAUUAGAUGAGGCCUACGAUGCGGAUAUUGGUAUGAAUUCGGUGCAAUCAUAUGUGAUACAAGACAAUGAACACUUUCUUCUUAGUGUACUAACGCGUGAAAAUGGAAGAAAAUAUGGCGAGCUCGUGCUGAAUAAAGAGUUAGAUCGUGAGCAGCAGAAAGAGGUAGCAUUAAUUCUCACUGCGGUGGACGGCGGGACUCCACCGAGAUCAGGUACUGUAGCCAUACACGUCUCUGUGCUGGAUGCUAAUGAUAAUGCUCCAGUCUUUAGUCAGGCCGUCUAUAAAGUCAGUCUGCCUGAAAAUUCUCCUCUAGAUACUGUAGUGAUGAUAGUGAGCGCUACUGAUGCAGACGAGGGACAAAAUGGAGAAGUGACAUAUGAAUUUGGUCAUUUAUUAGAACGCCUUAUGGAUACAUUUUCUCUCGACUCGUUGUCUGGAGAAAUUAAAUUAACAGGGCUCAUUGAUUAUGAGGAGGAGAGUUCAAUUGAACUGCAAAUCCAGGCCAAGGAUGGUCAAGGAUUAGCCAAUCAUUGUUCUGUAUUAAUUGAUGUUAUUGACGUCAAUGAUAAUGCCCCUAAAAUAAUGAGUAAAUAUGUUAAAAUAUCCAUUCCUGAGAAUGUGUUACCCGGUACAGAGGUUGGCAUCAUUAAUGUCAGACUGUUGUUUGAUGGAGCUGUAGCCAUUCCCAGCGCGUAUCUUCCUCCAAAUUACGCAGAGGUGGAGGGCGCGGGAACUCUCCGCAGCACUUACAAUUAUGACGCAUACCUGACCACGGGCUCGCGCACUAGUGACUUCAAGUUCGUCAGAUCUUAUAAUGAGGGCACACUGACUGCUGACCUGACUCUGAAAAAGACUCAGUCCUCUGUGGAUGAUCUUGAAGGACUCGAUGCGGAAAUGAACGAUCCGUUUCAGCAGGCUCUUAAAAAUGUCACGUAUCGCAAGUCUUAA